GUACAAACCUCUGGCGUCUAUACUUAUCUAGGCUGCUAUACAGAAGGUGCUGGGAUGCGAGCCCUCCAAGGAGAAUUCUUUCCAGAUGACAGCAAUACAGUCGAAAGAUGUACUGCAAAUUGCUACCCAUUUCAAUAUGCAGGUCUCGAAUAUGGUCGAGAGUGCUGGUGUGGAGAUACCAUUGAGGGUGGAGCUUCCUCAGUACAGAACUUACAGUGUGGCAUGGCAUGUGCUGGCAAUUCUGGAGAGAUCUGUGGAGACAGCAAUAGAUUGUCAAUUUAUCAG